UUCCGUCAAUAAGUAAAUUUUUUCGCAGAAGCAAUUUUUAUUUCGGAUUUUAUUUUUUUUUUUUUGCACUCCGCCGAGUGUCAUGAUUCCUGCUGCACUUUCGCCCAUCACAAUGGUCAACGGAAAAUCGCACGAAAUUAAGGCUGUGCAAGCCGCCAAUGGCACGACGAAAAGUUUCGGGCUCUCAAAUAACUCGUAUGUCGUGAAAAAUGGCGAAAAACCCGAAUACGAGGACAAAACAAGUGAUAAUUACGUGCCCAAAUCCUAUCGAAGUCAAAGUAAACUCGGACUUUUAGCGACACACUUUCUCGACAAAUAUCUCGGAAUACGAUUUUUGCAGCCGAUCAAAUGGCAAAAUACAAUUUCGAUUUUCGCCCUGCACUUUUACUUCCUUUUCAUGGUCUUAAAGAACCCGUGGAACGUUACGAUGUGGCAAACGGGCAUUUGGGGUUUCGUAACUGGAAUAAUCGGAGGAUUUGGCGUCACAGGCGGCGCACACAGAUUAUGGAGCCACAAAGCAUACAAAGCCAAAUUACCUCUUAGAAUUAUUCUUAUGUUGUGUUAUUGUGUUAGUGGUCAAAACAGUUUAUACGAUUGGAUUCGCGAUCACAGAAUUCAUCAUAAGUAUUCGGAGACAGAUGCGGAUCCACACAACUCAAAUCGGGGCUUUUUCUUUGCACAUGUCGGCUGGCUCAUGUUGUACAAGCAUCCGGAAGUCAUCAAAAAGGGCAAUUCCAUCGACUUGAGUGACAUUUUGGCAGAUCCCGUCAUCCAAUUCCAUCAAAAAUACUUUAUUCCGUUGAAACUUCUGCUCGCGUUCUACCUUCCAUGCGCCGUUGCUGUUUACGGAUGGGGCGAAACUUGGUUCUGGGCCUUCAUCUCGCAAGCGAUCGUUCGUUACGUCUUUGGAUUGAACUUUACGUGGUCCGUUAACAGUGUCGCACAUUUGUGGGGAUUCAGAUCUUAUGACAAACGCAUCAAUCCCGUCGAAAAUGUGACAGUUGCGAUUUUCGCGAUGGGCGAAGGAUGGCACAAUUAUCAUCAUGUCUUCCCAUGGGAUUACAAAGCGGCUGAAUUGGGAGAUUAUAAAGUCAAUAUCACGACAAUGUUCAUUGAUUUCUUCGCCUGGAUCGGAUGGGCGUACGAUUUGAAGCAACCGACAAAGGAUAUGGUUCGAAGAACUGUCGAAAAAUACGGUGACGGAAGUCAUGAUCAUUACGGACAUUUCCAUCCCGAAGAGGUUCCCGAUCCAGAGGAAACGAACAAUAACGUUUCGAAGGAAGACUAAAAAAUAGAGAAUGUGGUGUUUUUACUGUUUAGUUAUUAGAAUUAUUGAUUAAUAUUAUUUUUUUAUGUAAAAUAAAACAAGAAAAAAUAUGAAAAAAUGUCAUUUGCUCAAAUAAAUUACUAAAAAUUAGAUGAAUUGCAAAAAUUUAUAAAAUAUCAAAAUAUUUAUAAACAAAAAAAAAUUAUUUUUGAAUUUUGUUGUGAAUAAA